CGAAGUUCCACCUGGACUUCGUCGUCUGUGCGCACGACCCAGCUCUCGUUGCACGGGAAACCGCGCGGCGCAGCACCGCCGUCCGUGCCCCACGCCAGCAACAAGGCGACCAGCGCUAUCCAUCGGCGCUCGAUGGAAGCUCGUGCGGGAGCACAGGUACAACCUGACCUCAUCAUGCGAACGCGAACGAUCGCUGGGAUCCACUCCGGCGAACUAACGGCGCGGCCGCUGCGUGGGGCGAGCCGUAGACGCUGGCUCGCGUGACGCAACUCCGCUGACGUCACCGCCCAGCGGAGCGGGGCAGGCGGCUGCUGCGUGUCGCUCGGUCGCCCAGGGGUGGGGGAGGGGAUUGAGCCACGUAGGGAAGUGAGUAAGCGUGUGUGGUGCAGCUUCGCGAAUAUUUUUUUGUGCGUGAGCGAUCCGGGUGAGGCCGGGAGCCGGAUCCUCUGCGACUCGCACGCUUUCACGGGCGGAGGGCUCCAGGCUCCUGGCUCCGGACGGGAGAGCUGCUCUGCGUAGCACAAGGAGAGUUUAUUAUCAUAGAAAAAAGAAAAGAAAAACUUGUGGAGUCAGGGGCCAUUAUGAGAGAAUCCCUCAUUAAAUCAUGGAUAAUCCCAGUUACCAAUUUCGAUUGGAGUUAGGCUCCUAUGACCCUGCUGCUUCCAAGACCUCUGUGGAGGCGGAGGAAGUUGCAGCUCUGGCAACGGUGGUGGAUGCAAACACCGAGUUUCAGAUAGCACAUCAAGAAUCUAACAAUGAGAUUACAUCUCCAGUGAGCAGUUUUCAGCUCCCACUUCGCAAGACACCAAUCCAGAUUCCAGUCCCUCGUCAGACACUUGAUCCUCACACCAGCCACCUUCUACACGAAAUGGAAGCUGCUUUGACUGGUGGGACAGGGCCCGGGUCUGGGCCUGGCCCGGGCAAGGAGGCGGUGCCCGGGGUGCACGGCGCGUGCAGUACGCCCAUGGUGGCGCGGCGCAGCUUCUUCGGCGGCGCCGGC